CAAAAUUCGACCGUUACCCUAAAAUACGACCAUUGACCCGUUUUAUAAUCUCUCAGGCAUUUUUUAAAUUCAAUCAUCAAAUCAGAAACUCAGCAAAAUCUCUCGGUUCUUUCACCCGUCUUCCCACACAAACGAUCAGCCCAUCUUUGUUCUGAUCUGAUCAUCAAUUGCUGUGGAUGACAAUCCGAGCGUGUAUAGGUAGUUGAUGAAGUGGAUCAUCAGUUUUUUUUCAGAGAGCAGUUGAACAAUUGAACGACGAUUUUUGUCUCUCUCAACUAAUAGAAAUAGAAAGAGAACAGAGAUGGAUGUCGAGAACGCAACACAGUCGUCCUCAAUCAUGGAGCCGAAGACCGUUCACCCAUUGCACCAAAUCUCGGAGUUCCCAACCCACAAGCUCCUCCUCAAGCAAUGGCUCAAGGAAGAAGAUCUAAUCUUCAACAGAAUCGUCGCAAAGGAGACUCAAAUCGACUCCAUCAGAAAGGAGAUCACGCAGCUCUGCUGUCUCUUCUUCCUCUUCCACUCCCUCUGCCUAACCAUCCUCUUCAGCUCCGCCGCUCGAUCCCGGCCGGAGGAAGCCGGAAUCUACUGCCGCAGAUCGUGGGUCCCGUCUCUCUGCUCCCUUCUCUGCUCCAUGGGACUGAUCUGGGCGGUACGGUACAAGACCGACACCGAGGCGCAUCUGGAGAAGCUUCUGGAGCGAGAGAAAGAGGACGGGAAGCUGUUACGGAAGUGCGUGGAGGAGCUGAAGAAGAAAGGGACGGAAUUCGAUUUGCUGAAGGAGGUGGAUGCGCUGAGAAGAGCAAAGAGUAUGAGAAUGGAAGGUAAGGCGGCCGUGAGGAAAUGGUCUGGCAGAGAUUUGAUUACUCUAUUCUUCUUUACAGUUUCCUGUGUUGUUCUUUCCCUUACGAACCUCAUUUUGUGUGGCUGAGGAGGGAUGGGUUUCUUCUUUUGAUUUUGCUUUUAUUUAUUAUUACUGUGCUUUCUGGGAUUAUUACACUUUUCCUGGAAAAAUUGAGGGGAGUACUUCCGAUUUGGCGAUCUGCCGAAUGCCAGAAUAUGCUGUUCUGGUUUUGUAAUUUAACAAUUCUGUUCCCACUCUGUCCAGAUCCUCUUGGUGAAAAUGAAGGUUAUAGAUGUUGGCCUUAUAAUUUUAGGUCUUAUUUAUUGUUGCUUCUCAUAUGUUUGCUUUUGGAAGUUUUUUUCCGAUUUAAUGUUAAUUAAUUAAAUAAUUACAGAAA